AUGAUAUACUCCGUGCUAGCAGCGGCCGCUUUCACAUUCUCCAGCGCCUUGGCUGAAGUUUUCAUUGUCGACAAUGACACGCCAACGGCUUUGCAAGUUCUGCUUCCACUUGCAGCCGGCAAACAAGUGCUGGGUGUGACUACCAACCUAGGUGACUAUGACACUGAAGCUGCGACAUAUGAAGCAGCUAUGGCCUUGUCCACUGGAAACUUAACAUCUUGCGUGCCAGUGUACAAAGGUGCUGUGCAACCAUUGGUUUUUGACAACGAUACCUACCAUCUGUGGCAGGACCUGUAUGGCGACAUUGUGUGGCAGGGAGCAUGGGGAGUCGACUAUGAAAGCCCAAUCCCAGUCAAUGCGUCGUAUGAAUACAACAAAUCUGUCGGUGCACCACAAUGGAUUAUGGAUACAGUCAAGAACUCAAAGGAUAACGUAACAAUUGUAGCUGCCGGUACGAUGACCAAUUUGGCCAUUGCCUUGGCUCAAUGGCCUGAAUUGGCUAAAAAAGUGAAGCUGGUUAUCAUGGGUGGAUUUGUAGAUGGCCAGAUUGCACAGGCCACUGGCGGUGACUUCGUUAACGACCUGUACAGCGACUUCAACCUGAUGGUGGACCCCGAAGCGGCUCAAACCGCAUUGACUGCUCCAUGGAAAGAAUUGGUGAUUGUUGGUAACAUUAGUUCCCAAGUUUUCCCCACGCAAGACUUGUACAACGAGUUGAUUGCAGUUUCUGGUGGUAUCGCGGCUGUCCAAAACACCACUUCAUUGGGUUACGUGAAGGAGAUUGUUGGCAACGGAACGUUGCCCGCUUUCAAUCUUCCUUUCUGGGACGAGGUUGCGUCUGCCAUUGCGACAGACCCAACAAUCGUUACUGAUUCUUACGAAGCCUACGUUUCUGUCGACACAUCCUUUUCGUCCCCAUUCUACGGCAGUUUGAGACUGUACCCAUCAAAUCUACGCGCGAAGAAAGGUGUCAGAACCGGUAAAGCGACCAUGAUCACUGCAGUGAACGUUGCUAAGUUCAAUGCUAUGUUGGUAGAUGCGCUGGUGAGGGAUUGGAGUGGUUUCUGCCAGACCAAGAACGCACCUCGAAUUGCCAAGUUUUAG